AAGACACCAUCCAAAUCCUUCCUACAGAUGCAAUCCAACAAAAUUAAAGCAGAAGACAAUGUUUCCACAGCAGUGAAUUUUGUUCUCUUGGGAUUUUCUGGUCUUCCCAAACUCCAAGGGUUACUGUUUGGCCUAUUCUUUGUCACUUACAUGAUUAUCCUAAUUGGAAAUAGCCUGGUAGUCAUAAUAACCAGGCUUGACACGAUGCUACAGAAACCCAUGUAUUUCUUCCUGGGCAAUUUUUCCUCUUUAGAAAUCUGUUAUGCGUCAGUGACUCUUCCUAGGAUUCUGUGGAACAUUUGGACUCAGGAUAGAAGCAUUUCUAGGCUGGCGUGUGCCACCCAAAUGUGCUUCUUUCUUAUGCUGGCAGCCACUGAGUGCUUCCUCCUGGCAGUGAUGUCCUAUGACCGUUAUGUGGCCAUUUGUAACCCUCUUCACUAUCCUCUGGUCAUGAACCACAAUUUCUGUGUCCAGUUGGCCAUUGGCUCUUGGACCAUUGGAAUUCCAGUCCAGAUUGGACAAACGUGUCAGAUCUUCUCUCUGCGAUUUUGUGGUUCUAACCAAAUCAACCACUUCUUUUGUGACAUACCGCCCAUUCUCAAGCUCGCCCAUGGGGACACUUGGGCUCAUGAGAUAUCUGUCUAUGUCGUGGCUAUGCUGUUUGUUACCAUCCCAUUUAUGUUGAUAGUUGCUUCUUACAGCAAAAUCAUCUCCACCAUUCUCAAGUUGCCAACAGCCAGUGGAAGGGCCAAAGCCUUCUCAACUUGUUCUUCUCAUAUCAUAGUUGUGGUCUUGUUCUUUGGAUCUGCCAUCAUCACCUACUUGAGACCCAAAUCCAAUCAUUCUCCAGGAACUGAUAAGCUGCUCUCUCUUUUCUACACUAUAGUGACGCCCAUGUUUAACCCCAUGAUAUACACCCUCAGGAAUAAGGAUGUGAUCACAGCACUGAGAAGACUAUUUCUCAGAAAAUAG